UUCAGCAGCGCAGAGGACUCAUUUCCAUUCCGACAUCACUCUCUGUAGCUCACACGGCUUGGUCUGUAGCCGAGAUGACAUACGAGUGGCUGCUAGGAAAAUACAGUCGGUGAAAUUAUCUUCUUCACGAGUGAUGAAUAUGACGAGGAAGUACUGUUAAUGGAGCCAGCUUCAUCAAUGGAUGUAACAACGGAGGUUUCCAGUGCGCAAUCCGAAAUCAGAGGCGAGAUUGCUUUUGCAGAGGAAAUACGCCUUCCGAGCAGGAGAACAACCAAUCAGCCGUGGCGAACCAAAGAUAAACAAGCCUUAUGAUAAGACAAAACUCUCAGGUUAAUCCAGGCUGCUCUCAGCCCUUGUGAACUAUCAUGCUGGCCUGUGUCCAGAGACGGCAGAAUCUCUCGUCGCAGCACCUUGGCUGCAAACCCAAAAGUCUGGAUGUCCCAGCAACGCCAUUACUGCUGUCAGUGCCACCGCUGCAGCCGUGCACACGCAAAGGCGAGCCGGCCUCCAUGAUCUCUCGGUACCCUUCUCCCGCAGAGUUGGAUGCUUUUGCUCAGAAGACUGCCAACAGCCCCCUGUCCAUCAAAAUCUUCCCGUCUGACGUCCGGGUGCCACAGCACAAACAGCUGAAUAAAACAGUCAAUGGAUUGGACACCACAGGACAGCGCUGUAGCCCUUACUCACACCCAUACUCAGGAGGGUACCAGGGUUUGUUGGCCGUCAUCAAAGCUUCUGUGGUGGUCAAAGGUGUGCUGAAAAACUCAGAGGGCAGGAGGACUAAACAUGCAAACAGUCAGACUCCUGCGGCACCGUAUAAUAAUCCCCUGAAUAACAGCUACACAGUCAGACACGGGCACAAGGCCUAUCAUAUAAGCUCAUGUAAGCCCCCUGAUGUUCCCAUUGAGACGGUUUGUUCUAGCACAGGGAUGGCCUCUGGAGAUCAGAGCCUGGCCCCCCAGUCUGAGCUGGCAGAGGUUCAAAGCAUGAUGAUGAGGCAGAUGAGCAGAGUUCCCCACAGCCAGGCCCUGCAGUUGGGGGGGGAGGCUCGUUCCAGCCCCUCUCAGCAGGCCGUUGCUGCGGUGGCAAAUUCAGACUCUGACUUUGUUCUGGGAGUGCCACCCCAGAGCAGUCUGGCAUUUACAGGGGCAGUGAUACCUACGCACGGUGCAGAGAGAGGUAAAGCUGGGUACGCAGAGAAGUGUGAGUACACAAUGUGGCAGCAGAAACAUCAAAUCCAGCAGCAGCAGUAUCAGCAGGGAGCAGGGAGGAUGUACAGUGUGAGGAACAGCGCUCAGGGGCUUAGGGCAGCAGAUGCUAGCCAGCAUCCUGAAACCUGCCUCCCUUUGGCGUCCUAUAGGCUUCAUCCUGGCAGUGUGAGUGCUAGGCCGAAGCAGUCCAUCAGCUCCUCUUUGAUUUGCCCCUCCAUGCAGGUGGAGCCCCCUGUUGGACAGUUCUUCACUCCUCUCUGGGAUGGUGCUCUAGCUACUCCUAAUAGUGACUGUUACACUUCUCAGGUGCUGGCAACGGGUACAUGUGCAGCCAGGCCUAGAAACCCACAGCUCUCCCAUCCGCAUCUCCACCCAAACCGCCAUCAACACCACCACCACCACCAUCAGCCGCAGCUCCACCCUCCUCCUUUUCCUCUUCCUCCUCAUUCCCAGGCCUACAGCACAGACCAAAACCUCUGUUGUGGGCUGCCGAGUACUAGCCUGUGCCAUGCUGCUUUGCUCAGCAGCAGUCUGCAGUCUCUGGAGUGCCUCAUCAGUGAGAUCCACCCGCCCUGCAUCAAAGAGCGCAUGCUGGGCCGUGGGUACGAAGCUGUGGGGAUGCCUCAGCUCCUGGAGCACCACCAGCAAACCCACAUGCAGCUCCACAGCUACAUAUAAAGAGGCAGACACAGAAGAGACAAACCUUUUAAAGACGAUGGAAGUGGGGCGGUUAAGACGUCUAUGAAACUGAGACAUGCCGUUUUUUAGUUUGUGCAUGUACUGUAUUUGUAGAAGGCUUUGUGUUAAAGCCUAAAAUGGUAAUUGAUAAUCAUGGCCUAAGAUACAGGUUCAUCUUAUGGACAUUUUGUGUUUAAUUUAUAUCUUCAAUGGCCAUCAAGUAUGCCUGCUGUUCCUUGUUUAAUACUGAUGCUGAGCACCUAAUCAGAACAUCCCAUUACAUUUUAUCAUGACUCAUGUUGUUUGCAGAUGAUUCCUUUGUUUUAUCCUUACAAAAAUGGAAAGUAACUAAACUAAUGUAAUUGGUCAUUAUAAGAAACUUGAAUCUUGGAAGGAUUUUCCUUUACGUGGGAACAUUCUUACAUUUUAAACUGGAAUCAAGGUUCUGCUGCUUCUGCCGUGGGUUUAGUUUUUUCACUUUUCCGUAACAUAAACAGUUGCUUAGUUUCUGUGAUACUAAUUUCCUGACCAGUGCGCAAGGAAAUAAUUUGGUUGCAAUAUGAAUAUGAAUGUUGUCAAAGUUGCUAUUUGACAACAUAUGGAACUUUUUUUUGUCAUGCUCAGCAAACUGUAUCAGGGCUUUUGCAUAUCCAAAUCAACACUGUGGCAAUUCAGGCCUAGCAGGAUGUGCCCUUUGGUUAAAUAUUUCUUAGCAUUUUUAAAUUUUGUGGAUGUUUUGCUUGGAUGAAAUCACAUUGUGACAUUUUACCAACAUAUGGGUAUAAAAGAGUGCCACUCUCGCAAACAGGCCAUUUGAAUCUCUUGAAGGAUGUUUUGUGUGGCUACACUCUCUGAUGGCAGAAUAUGUAUGACUGAUAAUAUCUUUGUGUGUCUGCACUGGUUCUGUGAUUCUAUUUAUUUAUGUUGGCCAGUUCAGUUAAAUGGCAAACUGUCUCUAUAAUUAUAAAGUGCAAUUAUUAUAUAUGAACAUGUGAGCGCUCCCCAUGAUGUAUGUUGUUGAGAUAACUACAUUUUGCAAUGUAUGACCCUAAUCUCUCACCCUUUUUUGCCUCUUCUUAAUAAGGAUUGUCAAGUAAAUGAAAUUUUCUAAACCCUGCAAA